AUGGCAGGAGGGAACCAGAGCAACAACUUCAAUUUCCUCCUCUGGGGACUCGCAGAACAGCCAGAGCAACAGCGUGUUCUCUUUCUGGUGUUCCUGUGCAUGUACCUGGUCACUGUCACUGGAAACCUGCUCAUCAUCCUGGCUAUUUGCACUGACACACGCCUCCACAUGCCCAUGUACUUCUUCCUUGCCAGCCUGUCCUGUGAAGAUAUCUUCUUCACUUCCACCACUGUGCCAAAAGCCCUGGUAAACAUCCAGACACGGAGCAGGUCCAUCUCCUAUGCAGGAUGUCUGACCCAGCUCUAUUUCUUCUUGACAUUUGGGGAAAUGGAAAAUUUUCUUCUGACAACAAUGGCCUAUGACCGCUAUGUGGCCAUCUGCCACCCUCUCCACUACAAAAUGAUCAUGAGCCCUCGGCGCUGUGUACUCCUAAUUACUGUCUGUUGGACUCUCACAAAUAUCCUUGCUAUGCCCCACACCUUCCUCAUGUUUCGCCUUUCCUUCUGCCCGAACAAAAUCAUUCCUGACUUCUUCUGUGAUCUUGUACCCCUGAUGAAGGUGUCUUGCUCUGACACUAAGGUCAAUGAGCUGGUACUCUUCUACUUGGGGGGAGCAGUCCUUGUCAUCCCUUUUAUACUCAUCCUUAUCUCUUACAUCCAUAUCGUUUCAGCCAUUUUCAGACUGCCCUCUGCCCAAGGGAGGCGCAAAGCCUUCUCUACCUGUGGGUCCCACCUCGCUGUUGUUGCUCUGUUUUUUGGGACGGUGUUCAGGGCUUAUCUGUUCCCCUCAUCUUCUUCCUCCAACUCUGUAGAAGGGGAUACAGCAGCUGCUGUCAUGUACACAGUGGUGACACCCAUGCUAAACCCUUUCAUUUACAGCCUGAGAAACAAGGACAUGAAGGGAGCCCUAGGGAGACUUCUCAAGGGAAAAGUUUCAUUAUUAAAGGUCAGGUAG